UCUCAUGACCCCGACGGCACGCACUGAGCAUGCCCGAGCUGUCGUGUGUUGUCAGGGAGAAAGCAGACAGCGGAGACAGCGAGAAAAGCAGCCCGUGAGAGGAGCCAGACGAUAAACAGCGACGGCUAGACAAUAGGGGUACACAUUUCUAAUUAAGAUUCUUUGUGUCAGCUGACUCACUUUACAUAUAUACGCUUCCUGGUGUGGGGCAUUUUGGGAUGUUUCGUUAAGGUUAUGACAAGCAGACCUCGUUCAAAGCAUCUGCCUUGUCUUCAAGAGCAGUUUGCCAUGGAGAUGACUGCUAAUUUACUCCAGAAAAUGAGCGCAGCCCUUCCAUCGGCUUAGUUCAACCUGUGUUGACUUCCCAAACCAGCCUAGCCUAACCACACUUAGCUGGAAUGGAUGAAUUUGGCAGAGGAAACUCGCUAGAGCAGCAUCUAUGAACAGCAUGAGCAUCGGUGAGCAAUUCUGGAGCGACGAGGACUUGGAUGGUGACAGCGAUGGUGAGGAUUUCUUCUACGGAGCCCAGGGUCAUUAUGCCACUGACCUGAGUCGACAUCCACAGUUGGACAUUGAUGUUGGUGCAGUGAGGGACAUCUAUUCUGAAAGUGCCAUUUCUGUCAGGGAGUAUGAGACCAUUGAUGAUGUCGAUAUUGAUCUACACAUUAACAUCAGCUUCCUGGAUGAGGAGGUGGCAUCAGCAUGGAAGGUCACGAGGACAGAGCCAAUCAUUCUACGCCUUCGCUUCUCACUGUCCCAGUAUCUAGAUGGACCAGAACCCACUGUGGAGGUGUUCCAGCCAAAUUGUAAAGAUGGUUUCUGCCUUGGGGUUCAGCUUAAAAGAAUUCUCAGCAUGUUUAUAUCUAAUCAAUGGAAACAUCUAAGCAAUGAGUUCCUGAAUGCCCAACAGAGGAAGAGACACAGCUGGUUUAAGGCUGGAGGAACUAUCAAGAAGUUCAGGGCUGGACUUAGCAUCUUCUCACCGAUAACCAAGUGCUCCAGUGUUCCUCUGAUUCAGGGCCCUGGGGUGAAAACAAGGCCAGCAGGACAGGAGUUGAGAGCGACCCGCUUGAUGAGCCGUUCCAUGUCCUGCACCAAAGGAGAACUGCACACCUCCAGCCCAAUUGGACAAACUGUGGCCGUCCCAGACUCGAGAUCCACGGUGCACAUCACCACCAGGCAGCUCAUUCAGCUCUUCUUCUCCUCACAAGCUCUCAUUCACUGCAAGAGCAUCCCAACCCUGGAGUACGGCUUCCUCGUGCAGGUUAUGAAGUACUCAGAGCAGAGGAUCCCCACUCUGAAUGAUUAUUGUGUUGUCUGUGAUGAACAGCAUGUCUUUCAGAAUGGUUCCAUGCUAAAGCCUGCUGUUUGUACGAGAGAACUGUGCGUGUUCUCCUUCAAUACUCUGGGUGUCAUGUCAGGAGCUGCAGAAGACGUAGCUACUGGAGCUGAGGUAGUGGACCUGCUGGUGGCAAUGUGUCAUGCUGCACUUGAAUCUGCCCGUAAAAGCAUCAUCUUUGACCCUUACCCCUCUGUUGUUGACCCUCAUGACCCCAAGUCUCUGGCCUUCAAUCCGAAGAAAAGAAGCUACGAGCGACUACAGAGAGCAUUAGACAGCAUUACAUCAAUCCGAGAAAUAACACAAGGCCCUUAUGUUGAAAUAAAGAAACAGAUGGACAAACUGGACCCGCUUGCACAUCCUCUGCUGCAGUGGAUUAUAUCCAGCAACAGGUCUCACAUUGUCAAGCUCCCCUCCAGCAGGCAACUGAAGUUCAUGCACACUUCCCAUCAGUUCCUGCUCCUCAGCAGUCCUCCUGCUAAAGAGGCCCGCUUUCGCACCGCUAGAAAACUCCACGGCAGCACGUUCGCUUUUCAUGGUUCUCAUAUUGAAAACUGGCACUCUAUUCUACGAAAUGGACUUGUAAACGCCUCCUACACGAAACUGCAGCUGCAUGGGGCGGCCUAUGGGAAGGGCAUCUACCUCAGCCCCAUCUCCAGCAUCUCAUUUGGAUACUCAGGAAUGGGAAAGGGACAGCACCACAUGCCUACUAAAGAGGAAUUAGUACAGCACUACAACCGGGUCAACACUGUCUUACAGUGUCAACCCACACAGUCAAGGUUUCUUCAGAGUCGAAAUCUAAACUGUGUUGCUCUGUGUGAGGUAAUAACUUCCAAAGAUCUACAGAAGCAUGGAAAUAUUUGGGUUUGCCCGAUUUCUGAUCACGUCUGCACACGCUUCUUUUUUGUGUACGAGGAUGGCCAAGUAGGGGAUGCUAACAUCAACACACAGGACGUCCGGAUACAGAAAGAGAUAUUGCGGGUGAUUGGGGGACAGUCGACCUGACUGACCCGUUUGACCACUGUGACGCUUUGAGUCAUUUUACAAGGGAACAUAUUAACUGAUUAUGGGAAAUAUUUACCUCAAACUAGGUGUUUAUGAUGAUGCUAGCCUCCAGUCAAAUUUGUCUUUACGUGGAAAGAAGGGAAACUCGUUUGGACUUUUUGAUAAACAUUUUAGUAAUUGAUUUCUCAUUUAGUCUCUAUAUAAUUUUCGCUGCUUUACGUUUUUUCUACGUCAUGAGAAGUGCAGUUAAUUAGCGUUGAAUUUACAGCGGUUGAAAAGAGUCAAAUUCCCAUUUUGCCCACUGUGGGUCUCUAUUGCCUAAGUGAAUAAAAUAUUGCAUAAAAUAACUGGGGAAUGAAAAAUUCUAUAAACCUGCCAUUUUAAAGUGUUUAUGUCUACCGUUAUGGACAAUUCCGCAUUAUUAAGUACUGUUUGAUAUAUGUAUACUAGUGUAAUGCAGCCUAUCCAUCAAUUCAUUCAGUUUAUUUUCAUGAGAGUGUUGUGACGCCAGUUACUUGUUAUGGAUCUUAAACCUCUUAACAUGAAAUGUUAAUAAGUUUGGUGCUGUGCACUAGAAGGCAUCUUGUUCUCAUUUACUCUUCAGAGAGCUUCAAGUGGAGAAGACUGCCAAUAAACGACACAUUACAGACGAGAAAUAUACUUAUGAUUUUGUCAAUCUGAAGACGUAAAACGAAUCUGGAGGAGGGUCAUGGUUUCAUAUGGCCUAUAUUUGUAUGUCGGCAAUUUUUCAAUAAAUUUAGAGCAUGUUACGAAUGAGUUCCUUUGUAAAAGAUGACAGAAGCUGGAUGAAAUGUGACCAAAUGC